AUGAACCUCAAGAAUGUUAAUCAUAAAAUUGAAUGGGUCGUAUUAUUUGUGGCAUAACUAUUUAAAAAGGAAAAAAAAGUGCCUGGGCUCUAAAUAAUGGAAAUCGAAUACAAAACUGUUUGCCUUCUUAGUUUUUACAACUUAGAGAAAUUGGCUAAGUUUUUUCAAUAUAAAAGUAUUGAUCGUUUCCAUAGUACUGGUUUUACUUAAUUGAAAUUGAAGAAUUCUUUAAAGUAGUAUACUCUUUUUGUGGGUAUGGAUAAUAUUGAUUAAAUAUAAGAAAUGAAUAUGGUUUUCAAUUGA